CCUUCCAAGAACCUGUUCUCUUUCUCCUCCUCUCCUUCUUAUUUAACACCUCCUCGCUUCCCCACCUCUCCCAUUCACCAAACCGAUGACCUUCGGCUCGAACGCUAUGAAUCAAAGACCAGAUAGCAUGGUGGAGGACUCGCUCGAAUUCAAGGACUUCUUGCCGUUUAUGGCCAAGAGGCUGGGGCCCGAGGGGCUCAUCGAGGAGCUCUGCAAGGAGUUCAGACUGCUUAUGGACACAAAGAAGGGUGUCAUCACGCUCGAGAGUUUGAGGAGGAACGCGGCAAGGCUCGGGCUCGAGGGGUUGGCAGAUGAUGAGCUCUUGGGAAUGCUAACGGAGGGGGAUUUGGAUGGGGAUGGGGUUCUGGACCAAACGGAGUUCUGCAUCCUUAUGUUUAGGUUGAGCCCGGAGUUGAUGCAGGGGUCUUGGAGGAUGUUAGAAGAGGCUUUUGGGAUGGAGUUGAGGUCUGUUGUGCUCUGACGUUAUUGAUUUGCCUUGAGCUUAAUGCACCAACGCGCUCAGUUGUAUUCAUCUAGAUCACUGCCUCACCUCACAUUGACAUAAUUGUUGAUGCUUUUAUCUAAAUGGAGAUGCUAAGAAAAUUAAAUAAGGAUGGUGCUUGUAGGAAAAAAAAACGAAUGCCAGAGAAAUUUUAUUUUAUCAGUUCUAUUAUUAUGUAGUUUUGAGGUAUCAAUGCGAUCCUCUGUAAAACUCUACAACUUUCCAAAUUUGGGAAAACUUUUGUGGUGAGGAAAAGCGAAGGAUAUGUGGUCAUCAUGCACUUACGACCUCUUUCACUCCAUGCAAAAGAAUUGUUGAUAACAUCUCUUGUAUCUUUUUCAUCCGUCUACCUCUCUAUUCAUGCAUAUUAAUAAUAGUUGAAGGAGUAAUUAAGUUUCUCCUUAUUCCCUCA